AUGAAGUUCAACAAUGUUAUCGUCGGUGGUGCCACCUUGCUUGCAGCUCUUGCUUCUGCCUUGCCAGCUCCAGAUGUAAAAGAGACAGAGAAAAACAGUGACAACGCGGCCGAACCAUAUAAGCCAAAUUACUUCUCCAUCAUCAAGAAAGAAAGGGUUGAGGCCGAUGCUGCCGAGCCGUACAAGCCCAACUACUUCACCAUCAUUAAGAAGGAGGCUCCAACUGAGGAUUAG